GCAACACAUUUAACAUAAAUACACUGAAACGUGCUCAAACAUGUGCUAAAUUAUUUAUAAAUAUUUUCUAGUUUUAUUCCAAUAUUUCUACACAAGUGCAGCAAAAAUUAUCGAGCUUUUAAUCAAAAUAGUGAAGAGUUGAAAAUUAUAAUUGCAUGUGUUUUAGUGUUUAGUGUGUGCGUCCGUGCGUGUGUGUGUGCGUAAUUGUGAGGUCCGGGCCAUUGGUAAUAAAACUUGCAAGUGCCGCGUUGUUAUUGUUGAUUUUUUAUAGUAUAUAUUGUGAUACCGAUCAGACUGCUACCCGACAUAAUUGAUAAACAAUUAUUAUCAAUUGGCAUUUAUAAAAGUGAGCAUGAGGCGUUCGAUUUACGGAUCCACUAGAUGACGUCGACGGGGAACGCCCGUGUGCUUGUAUGUGUGAGCUCAAUUUAAAUAGACGUGUUUGCUAAUUCUCCCGGCUUCUGAUACUCUUAAGUGUUCUAUAAAUAUUUACGCGCCCAAAUAAAGACCGUUGAUAAGCCAGCAGCCACACGUUUUGUUUGCUCGAAAAAAAUUGCUGUCAAAUUUGUGGCUGCAGUCGCAAUCGAAAUCGUAUGCGGCAGCUGCUGCAGUGAAGUUCACCGAAAACGUGGCAAGCAAACGCUUGAUAAAGUUCCAUAUGAAGGAGCGCAUAAAAGGAAAGCGGAAAUACAUACAAGACAACAGCUGCAAAACUGCACUGAGCGAUUUUAUACAAGUUUAGACAAAAUACAAACUACGGCACACCUGUAAAGCGCUCUUUCACACUCACAUGCUCACUAGCUCUCUCUCUUACCCAGCAAAUACACAUAAAUCGUAUUUAUAUAUAUAUAUAGAACGCUCUCUUACGCCAUGACUGAUAACGAGCUGCCACUACGUGACUUUGACGAAGAGAGCGAAGAGACUGAUUCGGAAACAGAAUUGCUCAUACGCCACACAGGCAGCAGCGUUGACGCAGCUAUUGUCAAUAGCAACAGCAAAAGUAAAAGCAAAAGCAAAAGCAACAGCAGCGUCAACAAUGGGCAAAGGCGACGCAAAAGCUCAACUGGUUACGGCGGCAUCGGCGGCAUUGGUAGUCCCAUCAGCGGCGGCGUCGGCGGCGGCAGCUUUCUGGGCAAUCUAUUCAGUCUUGGCUCAGCCGCCGGCCAGAUACGUUAUAGAAAUGAGCGGAGCCGCGAGCGCGCCAAACACUCGAAUAUUAGCAGCAGCGGCAGCGCCUCGCGCGACCUUACGUCCGACCAUACAAUUGGCGCUAGUGCAGCGAAACUGGCGCAACUAACACAGACGGGCGCCACUGGCGUCGAUAGUUCCGCGCCACAUGCCACACAUGUGGCCACAGACAUCAAUGCGGCUAACGGUAUUGGCGCCCACACAGUGAUCGAUCCGGACAACGGCUCCUCCACGGUCUUCUAUCAAAACAAUCGCAGGCGCAGCAAAAGUCGCAGCAUCGGCAAUGUUUGUAAAAUGUGUUUCUGUAGCUGCUGGAAGAAAUGGUUCAGGCCACGAGAGCUACGAGCCCGGACGGUCAACUUGGGCAGGCCAAAUACAGAGAAGUUUCCGCCAAAUGAGAUACGCAACCAGAAGUACAAUUUCAUCACGUUCCUGCCGCUGGUGUUGUUCGAACAGUUUCGUUUCUUUCUCAACUUGUACUUUCUGUUGAUGGCGCUUUCGCAAUUAUAUCCGGACAUCCGCAUUGGCUAUCCGUACACCUACUGGGGUCCGCUUGGCUUUGUGCUGAUGGUCACCAUUUGCAGGGAGGGGGUGGAUGAUCUGCGUCGGCAUCAGCGCGAUCGUGAGGUCAACUCGCAGAAAUACAAACGUCUUUCGGCUGCGCAUGGUAAUGGCUACGAGAUGGUGCCCAGCUCUAAGCUUAAAGUGGGCGAUGUGAUCAUUGUGGAGAAGAACGAGCGAGUGCCUGCGGAUCUUAUCUUGUUGCGCACCAGCGAUCGCAGCGGCUCCGUUUUUGUUCGCACCGAUCAACUGGACGGUGAGACAGACUGGAAACCACGCUUAGCAGUGCCCUACACCCAAAAACUGUGUCGGGACGCAGAUCUGUACAAUAUCGACGCAAGUUUCUAUGUGGAGAAGCCGCAGAAUGAUAUACACAGUUUUAUUGCCACCUUUUGUGUGACUGAUGGCAGUGAAGACACCGGCCUAAGCGUGGAGAACACUCUCUGGGCUAAUACAGUUGUCGCCGCUGGCACCGCCACAGGAAUUGUCAUCUACACAGGCUGUGAGACACGCAGUGUGAUGAAUAACUCUCAACCUCGUUCCAAAGUGGGACUGCUUGACACUGAGAUAAACGGGCUGACCAAGGUGCUAUUUUGUGCCGUCCUGGGACUCUCUUUGGUUAUGAUGAUGCUUAAGGGAUUUGGUGGUCCUUGGUAUCGUUAUAUGUUCCGUUUUGUUCUGCUCUUCUCAUACAUUAUACCGAUCAGUCUGCGCGUGAAUCUCGAUAUGGGCAAGGCCUUCUAUUCGUGGCAAAUGCAAAAUGAUGACAAUAUUAAAGGUACCGUUGUACGUUCCACCACCAUACCCGAGGAGCUUGGCCGCAUCUCGUAUGUGCUAACCGACAAGACGGGCACGUUAACCCAAAACGAAAUGGUCUUUAAGAAGAUACAUCUAGGAAUAGUAUCACACGAUGCGGAUACUUUCCACCACAUUGGUCAGAUAAUACAGAAACUGUCGGGAAAUAUACUGCAGCAACAGCAGCAACAAGGCAGCCUCUCCAGCUCCAGCAGCGCCGGCGAAUCAAUUAAACCAAUCAUGUUUGCUGGUAAUCGUAUGCGUCGUCCCGAAGGUUGGCGCGAAUGGGAAGCGGUGCGUGCUUUAGCCUUGUGCCACAAUGUGACGCCGGUGAGCGAUGAUGACGACAGUCAUUCGGUAUCCACUGCAUCGACGGUGACUGGCGGAAAUAAUUCGCCCACAAAAUCUGUGAUAAACAUUGAGGCACCAGGCAGCACUGACACAGAGCAUCAAUAUCAGGCCGCCUCACCAGAUGAGAUAGCCUUGGUCAAGUGGACCGAACAGGUGGGCCUAACACUGAUCGCACGAGAUUUAAAUACCAUGACCCUUCAGGUGAAGACCGCCUCUGAUGAGAAUGACAUACUAUUGCAGUACCAGAUAUUGCAGCUGUUUCCAUUUACGAGCGAAAGCAAGCGUAUGGGUAUCAUUGUACGUGAGACCAAGUCGGGUCAGAUAACGUUUUAUUUGAAGGGUGCCGAUGUGGUCAUGUCCACGAUUGUCCAGUACAACGACUGGCUCAGCGAAGAGUCCGGCAACAUGGCGCGUGAGGGUCUACGCACGCUCGUCGUCGCAAAAAAAGUGUUGAGCGAUGAGCAGUAUAACGAUUUUGAGAUGCGUUACAAUGCCGCACGGCUUAGCAUUACGGAUCGUGUUGCCAAGGUGGCCGCCGUUACUGAGUCUCUAGAACGUGAAAUGGAGCUGCUGUGUCUCACGGGAGUCGAGGAUCGCUUGCAAGAAAACGUGCGUCCCACGCUUGAACUGUUGCGCAAUGCUGGCGUACGUGUCUGGAUGUUAACGGGCGAUAAGCUGGAGACCGCAUGUUGUAUUGCAAAAUCAUCGCAGCUUAUUGGCCGUAAUCAAGGCUUACAUGUGUUGCGUUCUGUCAAGACACGAACGGAAGCGCACCAGGAGCUAAAUCAGUUCCGGCGCAAGCAAGGGCACGCACUGGUUAUAUCCGGCGAAUCACUGGAGGUGUGCCUACAGUAUUAUCGACUAGAGUUUUUGGAGCUGGCCACCGCUUCGCCAGCGGUCGUCUGUUGCCGCUGCUCGCCCACCCAAAAGGCACAGGUGGUGUCUCUCAUCCAGAAGCACACACGCAAGCGUACGUGUGCCGUGGGCGAUGGUGGUAACGAUGUAAGCAUGAUUCAGCAAGCGGAUGCAGGUGUGGGAAUCGAGGGACGCGAAGGCCGUCAGGCAUCGUUGGCUGGAGACUUUAGCAUUCCACAAUUCUCGCACAUUGCCAAGCUGCUGCUGAUCCAUGGGCGACGCAGUUAUAAACGCUCAGCAGCUCUUUCCCAGUUCGUCAUUCAUCGUGGAUUAAUAAUUACCACACUGCAAGCUGUUUUCUCGGCGGUAUUUUAUUUGAGCUCUGUGGCUCUGUAUCAGGGCUUUUUGAUGGUGGGCUAUUCCACGGUGUACACCAUGUUUCCUGUGUUCUCGCUGGUUCUAGAUCAGGACAUUACAUCAGAGACAGCUGUCACAUAUCCGGAGCUCUACAAGGAUCUGUCAAAGGGGCGCAGUCUUAGCUAUAAGACAUUCUUCAUCUGGGUGCUGAUCAGCAUCUACCAGGGUGGCGUUAUCAUGUAUGGCGCGCUGAUACUCUUCGUGGAUGAGUUUAUACACAUUGUAGCAAUCAGUUUCUCAGCGCUUAUUAUGACAGAGCUUAUCAUGGUGGCAUUGACGGUGCGCACCUGGCACAGGCUCAUGGUCUUGGCGGAACUAUUCAGCUUGGCUUUAUAUCUCAUCUCGCUGGCGGUGCUACACGAUUAUUUCGAUUGGGAAUUCAUUUGGUCUUACGAUUUUCUCUGGAAGGUAUCACUUAUUACAGUUGUCUCCUGCUUGCCCCUGUACAUAAUCAAAUUCUUGCGCAAGAAGUGCUCGCCGCCAUCCUAUUUGAAACUCUCUUAGAUACGAAGAACACCGAGAUAGCGACGAAUUUUUCAGUUACAAAAUUAAUUUUCUUAAAUUAUUUGCACUUAUUUUGUAUGACUUACUAAAACGGCUUUUAUAUUGUUUUCGCAUAAGAUUUUGUUAUUUUGUCCAAGUUCUGCCAACAAGAGAAAGGCCCAUCCCCAUACGUGAUAUAAAGUGUAAUAACUUAACUUUCGCAGUCUCCCUAUAUGUAUUUGUUUCUACGAUUUGUUGCAUUACACAAAAGUAAAGCGAAGUGAAUGGAAAAUAAAGUGAUUAUGUAUACAUUUAAA